AGAGAACCUCGAGACAGAGGUGAGUUUGAGGCAGCAUGGCCUUCACGCUGGUGCUUCUGCUUCAGCUGCUCCUGGUCUCACUGGCAUCUGCAUCACAUCAGCAAGGGGGGUACAAAGGCUUCAGCUUCAAAGGAAGAAAUCCUGAUGGAACCUUUAGGGUGAAAUUUCGUAGCAGGGAAACCUAUGAUGGCUGUAGAUACACCACCUGGAACUGUUACACUGGCAACUGUGGCUCUAGAACCAUAAAUCAACAAGGUGUAAUUGACAGCAGAAACUAUGCAUCAGGACAAGACUGGUGUGAAACUGAAAGAGUCAUUACCAGAAAUGUCCCAAGUGACAAACCCUUUCAAUUGCGGCAAAUCGGCUGUUGUUGGGUCAGAACGCGGAACGGGCUCAGUGAUACAAGACAACUAACCUCAGUGGAUUUGGGAUCAAGAUCUGACACUGGAAAACCAAACAAUUCACCAGACAUUGGAAUUCUACCUUUCCUACGGGUUCCACAGAACUGCCCACGGACAUACAAGCUGAUGUCCUCUGAUCCUGAUGGUGACAAUGUUCGAUGCAGAUAUGGAAAUAUAAGAAACAUAGAGUGUAGCACGUGUGACCAGCCUUCAGGCUUUGAUUUAGAUCAGGGUUCUUGCUCAUUACACUACCGCUCUGCCAGUGCCAACAACAAUAUUUAUGGAUUUGAGAUGGUGGUGGAGGACUUCCCACAAAACCCCAUCACUCUGGCCUACAGUGAUGGAUCCCGAGUCGCCAAGAUUCCACUGGCUGUGAGCAGGAAGAAACGAUCCUACUAUCAUGCAACUACCCCAUGGGGGUGGCAUUAUACCUCACUGCCCACCACAGCCUCGCCAAGAUACCCAACCGCAAGGUGGUGGCAUUAUACAACUCCUCCCACCACAACCACAUCAAGACCCACAACCUCAUGGCGGUGGUGGCAUUCUACGACCCCAUGGUGGCCUUGGCAUACUACAACCACAACCACACCAAGACCCACAACCCCAUGGCGGUGGUGGCAUUCUACGACCCCAUGGUGGCCUUGGCAUACUACAACCACAACCACACCAAGACCCACAACCCCAUGGCGGUGGUGGCAUUCUACAACCCCAUCGUGGUCUUGGCAUACUACAACCACACAAAGACCCACAACCCCAUGGCGGUGGUGGCAUUCUACGACCCCAUGGUGGCCUUGGCAUACUACAACCACAACCACACCAAGACCCACAACCCCAUGGCGGUGGUGGCAUUCUACAACCCCAUGGUGGCCUUGGCAUACUACAACCACAACCACACCAAGACCCACAACCCCAUGGCGAUGGUGGCAUUCUACAACCCCAUGGUGGUGGCAUACUACAACUACACCAAGACCCACAACCCCAUGGCACUGGCAUCCUACAACUACACCGAGACCCACAACCCCAUGGUGGUGGCAUCCCACAACUACACCAAGACCCACAACCCCAUGGCGAUGGUGGCAUUCUACAACCCCAUGGUGGUGGCAUACUACAACUACACCGAGACCCACAAACCCAUGGUGGUGGCAUCCCACAACUACACCAAGACCCACAACCCCAUGGUGGUGGCAUCCCACAACUACACCAACACACAGACACACACACCCAUGGUGGUGGUGGCAUUUUACAACCCCAUGGUGGACUACAACCCCAAGAACACCUGCAACCAGCCCUGAACACCCACUCAGCCAACAAACGUUGCAGUUCUCCUUUCUUGUGGACCCAGCUGCUCCCUCAUGUCAGGAGGGGCUUUACUUGCCAAAGCUUGUGCAUCCAACACCUAAUAAUGGAGCACGCUUUCAAGUAGAGGCCAACAAAGAAGUAGAGCUCAGGGUCAAGGCACUAGCUACAUAUGGAAUAAUAAAUAAUGUCAUCAUCAGUGGACCACUGAAUAUCAGCAAGCACAGGAACACACAUGGCGAGUUUGUCAUUAGGUGGACGCCUGUACCAGAUGACGUGGGAGAACAUUUCCCCAUCUGCUUUGCUGUUGAAUCAGUGACUGGGUCUCGGGUCUAUCAGUCUGAGAUGAGGUGUGUUCUGGUGGAGGUCCAUAGGGAGCUGGUUAAAGCCAAUGUGAUCUGCGAUGAGUCCACAAUGACAGUCGAGGUUGAAAAAGCUUCCUUCCCUCGACUCCAUGAAGAUCAUUUGCGACUUAAUGAUCCUGUCAACACAGCCUGCAGCCUCCAGACAAACUCCAACAGCACUCACAUUAUUGCUGUGGUCCCCCUCAAUGCUUGUGGCACUCAGAUAGAGGAAGAUGAAGACGACCUAACUUUCAAGAAUGAAAUCACCACACUUGACAACAUAGGAGAUCUAAUCACCAGGAAACACAUGGUGGAGGUGCAGUUCUCCUGCAAGUACCCCAGACGUGGAAAUGUGACACAGAGCUUCUCAGUGCACAGGAAGAAUGUCACAGUGCAUGAGACGGGCUUUGGCACUUUCACCUACCAAUUUGAAUUCUAUCCCACCAACCAAUACCGAACCAUGGUUGAUCCAAAUUCAUACCCUCUGGAGUAUGACGUAGGGAGCGAGAUUCACAUGCAGAUAGAGGCCACCUCCACAGUCAACAACACCGAGCUGUUUGUGGAGUCCUGCAGAGCUGCACCAUAUGACAACCCAAACUACCAGCCAACCUACUCCAUCAUUGAAAACGGGUGUAAUGUGGACCCGACUGUUGUUGUCCAUCCAUCCUCCCAUGAUAGAGAAUUCCGGUUCAGCAUGGAGGCCUUCAAGUUCAUCGGCAUGUAUGACCAGGUGUACAUCAGCUGUUCGGUCAUGAUGUGUGAAGCAGGGGUCCCCGACACCAGGUGCUCGCAAGGAUGCAUCAAUUCAGUAUCAGUGCCGGGCAAUCUAAUCACAAGCCGCCGCAAGAGACAGGCUGUCACUCAGAGUUUAAGGCACUUGGUUUCCCAGGGUCCCCUGCGCUUUAGGAGGUCAGCAGAGAGCACUGGAAACCCAGGGAUAAACUUGAACCUGAACUUGGUAUUCAUUGCUGGAUGUCUUCUUGCAGCUGUUGGCAUGAUCAGUGCAGUGGUCAUGUACAAAGCCAAAAUGUCCAGGGUCAGAUACCAACCAUUGCCCAGAUAUGACAGUUAAGACAGCUGUGUGUGCAAAACACCUAUUCUGUCUUAGAUACUGCCAUGUGUAACAUCACAUAUUAAGGUAUUGACAGAGCUGCAAUAUGCAUUAAGAUUUUUAACCCAAUGAAGGCAGUGCAGCAUUACUUUUUGCUUUGACUACAUAAAGCUUUUUGGUUAGUUUUACUAUCAGAUUGAGUUAUCAAGUAUCUAGUUAUGUGUGCAGUUAAAAGAAUUAAUUUUAUAUCUACACCUUUAGAAAUACAGCUAUAUGACAGAAAAUAUUUAGUGAGGAACAAUUAACCAGAAAGGAAGUUUUAUAUUAAUCAGCACUGAAAGGAUGAUCAACCAGUACUGCAACUGCUAGCUGACUUUUCACUUGUAGUGUAACCUUGUAACCCUAUCUUUUCAAACGCAUCUACUAUUAUGUAUCCCAGUAUGAUUUAAAACAAGUAUCUUGAUCUAUACAUGUAGUCCUACCUAGUCAUAAUCACCAUAAUCAGUCCUGUGUCAAAUGUUAUCAUUACAUGUCAAAGCCCUUUACAGCUUAACCAAAGUCAAUUAUGAUUCACUUGCUAAAUGUAUCAAUAAAAACAUUUAUUCUCUUACA